UUUCGAAAAUUGACAAACAAAUCAAUGUUUGUAUCAAGUCCAAGCUUAUAACUUUUUUAUAAUGAUUAAAAUGCUUUUAUAAAGGAAAACUUGCAAUUUAAAUACAAGAAAACCUAUUGCUUCAUUACUCAAAUAAAGAAUUAAUAGUUAAUAACAAACUAUCGAAGAAAACUUGUUUCAAAACAUAACCUCAAAAUGUCCGAUGAUGAUGAUGUGAUUCUUGUAAAAAAGCAAAGAACAGUGCACUAUGGGUCACUGGAGGAGCAAGAAAAAGCGCGGCUUGCUGCGCUGGCAGCCGCUGCUAAGGAGGGAUUCGAUGAUGACGAUGGUAAAGAAAUGGGUGAUAUUCAAAUAUCCAAUGAAUACAUGGAACUCGACGAAGAAAUGUCGAGAGACAAGAAAGCACUCCUUGAGGAGUUUGAGAGGAGACGGAAAGCUAGGCAACUGAAUGUUUCUACUGAUGAUGAUGAGGUUCGCAGAAGUUUACGUCAAUUGGGCGAGCCGGUGUGCCUGUUUGGAGAGGGUCCGGCCGAGAGGAGAGUGCGGCUGCGAGAUCUGCUCAGUUACCUCGGCGAAGACGCGAUAAACAAAAAGCUAGAAGAGGAGGAGGCCAGGAUAGAACGGGACAGAGGCAGGGAGGGCACCUGGUAUCACGAGGGGCCACCCGAACUGCGAGAGGCUAGGCUGUGGAUAGCUAGAUACUCACUACCUAGGGCUAAACGAAGGUUGAUGAAUGCGCGCGAGGAGUUACAAUUACCGGGCAGUAUACGGGCCGCGGCCAAGCAAGAGUCGCAGAGGAAAGCGUCAGCGAUGUCUAUUUAUUGCAGUCAGAUUGGUGACACACGUCCGAUAAGUUUUUGCCGGUUCAGCAGCGAUAGUCAAAUGCUUAUAACAUCAAGCUGGUCCGGUCUGGUGAAGGUCUGGUCGGUGCCGGACUGUAUCCCACUGCAGACGCUCAAGGGCCAUAAGUGUAACGUCAGCUCGGCGACCUUUCACCCCCAGGCCACUAUCCCCCACCAUUUUUUGGAAAAAUGACAAACCGACAACCUCAAUAAAUGUUAUUAAAUUUCCAGUGACAAACCGAUCGCCUCAAGAUAUGUUAUUUAUUAAAUUUCCAGUGACAAACCGAUAGGCUCGCUGGAGGGCCACUCGCCGUCCCGCGUGUCGCGCGUCCAGUUCCACCCGUCGGGCAGGUUCUUGGCGGCGAGCGUGUUCGACCACUCCUGGCGGCUCUGGGAUUUGGAGACUGCCACGGAGGUAUUGCAUCAAGAGGGUCACGCGAAACCUGUAUACAGCGUGUCGUUUCAGUGCGACGGCUCGCUUGCUGCUACAGGCGGCAUGGACGCGUUCGGUCGCGUGUGGGACCUGCGGACGGGCCGCUGCGUGAUGUUCCUCGAGGGCCACCUGGGGGCCGUGCUGGGGGUCGACUGGUCCCCGGUGGGGCACCACCUGGCCACCGCGGCCGCUGACCAUCAGACGAAAAUCUGGGAUCUGCGGCGACGCGCCUGCUUGUACACAAUACCUGCGCAUACGCAUUUGUUGAGUGACGUGCGAUACCAAAAGAGCCACGGCCACUUCCUGCUGACGUCAUCGUACGAUAAGACCGCGAAGCUGUGGUCCAACCCCGCCUGGCACCCGCUCAGGACCCUCUCCGGACAUGAUAAUAAGGUCAUGAGCGCAGAUAUAUCUAUGGACAAUAAGUUUAUAGCUACAUGCUCUUAUGAUAGGACAUUCAAACUGUGGGCUCCAGACUUAGUGUAAUUGAACCAAUAAAUUUUUAAAUUAA